CCAACAUUAAACAAACCUCUCUUUCUCUGCCCUUAUCUUACCUUUUCCUUUCCCUUAAAUUCAUAGUUCUAGUUCUUCUUGCUGCACAAAACCAACACUCUUCUUUUCUCAAACACUUGUUAGUAAUAGUGACAUACUGUUGAAUUACAGAUCGAUGAAACUGGACACAGAAACAAAGUGGUGUCUUCCAAAUAAUGUUGCGGUUGCAGUUGAAGAUAUUAGUUGCAUGGAUAAUAACCAAUAUUCAAUGGUGGUGAUUGAGAAAGUGAGCAAAACGGUGCGUUUGAUAGGUUUCUUGAUACAAAACGGUGUGUCUAAGAGUAAUAGAGUUAUGCAGGAUAUGCAUGAGAUGAUGAAGAGAGGAAAAAACAUAGGGAAAGCUCUCAACACUGUGAUGGUGAAGCACCAUGAAGCGCUCUCAUGCCGUCCACGUGAUGCUGAUAUGUAUUUUGUUUCACCGUUGGAGUAUCAGUUCAGCUGUAGCGGUAGUCCACCGCGUCUCUCUCGCGGUGCCAGCAGCAGGAGGAGGCUUUUAUCUCCGGCGAUAGAGCAUACUCGCCGGAAAAUGAAGGUGUGUCAUGAAACCGGCAAUGAAAGGAGGCGCGUGAAGGUGAGGGAGACAGAAAAGGAGAAAGAGUUUCAUGUUGACCAAGCGGCGGAGGAGUUUAUUGAUAGGUUUUACAGAGAGCUGAGGUUGCAGAAAUGGUUGGAUCAUAAUCACCAUCAUCAUCAUCAUCAUCAUCGUAGUCAGUAUUAAAGGUGUUUUGUGAUGUGUGCUGUGUUUGACUAAGGUAACAGAUCAUGUGCAUGUGGCAGGUGAAUCAAAUUGAAGAUCAAAAGUACUAACAAGUAACAACUAUGGUUCUGCGGCUAUGUCUGAGUUUCUGUACCAUGUAUAUGUUAAUGGCAAUGUUUAUUUUAUGUGUAGUUGUAGCCUUGUAGGUACGUUAUUAUUGGUCCCUGCAAUGUAUUUUAGUACUAUGCUAGUACUGUUAUCAACAACAACAACAGCUACCUUUUUUACUUGUUUGAUCUUCCCUUUUUAAAUUCAAAUAAAUAGUCUU